AAGGUAACAGAAACAGUUCGGGUAAAAGAUAGUGAACAUGUGGAUGUGAGAGUCUGCAAUCCAUCAGGGUGCAGAAAUUUGAAAGAAAAACCCUAACUAUUCUGAAGUGACCUAAAGUACGGAUUACAAUUCCUGCUUUUGAGCGGAUCUUCAAGGAGUUGUUAUGGCUUCAACCUAUGGGAUUGGGAAUAUUCUGACGGAUGUGAUGCGCUCCAUGUACCAAACAGAGGAGAAUCAGCUUCUCUCCACAGGAGCUAAGGAACAGCUUCCCAGCCCAGUGCUACCAACAGACCUGCUCGAUUCCACCUCUUGGUUUCAACUGGAUCCUCUGUUGUGGAGCAAGCAGCAUGUCCUGGAGUGGAUCAGUUACCAUGUCGAGAAGCACAAAUAUGAUGCCAAUAAUAUCGACCUGUCUUUCUGUGACAUGGACGGGAGCACUCUUCGGGCACUGUCCAAGAACCAGCUGGUAGCUAUCUUUGGUCCACUGGGUGAAGAACUGUACAAAAGCCACCAAGAUUUAAGUAAAAACAGUAAGUAAAGCAAUCAUUGUACGAUGACCAUCUGCGAGGGGAAAGUGUGUGUUUAUCCACUGGACAUAGUCUCUGUCCUCGUGGGGAAAUGCCCAGUGCAAACACUGAAAUGAGCUGGGAGAGGGGAGGACAGUAAUAACUAAGAAGCAACUGCUAGACUUCACUCAGUGACUGGUAUGGAUUUGCCACCCGAGAGAAAUGGCAGCCUGCAGUUGACCAUUUUUGAUCUACAAUGACCGUCAUGCUAAUACCAGCUGACUGUGCUGUCUUGUAAGUAAACUGGAAGCUAAAAGGACCGGCUUCAGUGAGCCACUUUGACAGUUAAUUAUCAAGUUGAAUGAACAUUGUGGUUGUUGAACUUGUUUUAAAACUUAUGAAGUCAAUACCAGCAAGAUACUUUUUAGG